AUGCCAACCGUCAACAGUCACAAAAAAAUGUCAAACUCUAACACAGAGGAUGACACAUUCAUCACCAUUUCUACCAACGAAGAGUCAAUUAACAAAUUUUUCGAUUUAGACCAACUUCUUGAUAAUUUACGACAAUUUCCAGUUGUAUUAUUAAAAACUGUCAAUGAAAUUGCAGAACAACAAAAGAAGGAACAAGAGGAAUUUUAUCCAUCACAUGACGAUUAUGUUGACGAUGAAAGUUUAAAUGAUAUUCAAUCUAUUGAAAGUGAUGAUGAGGAAAAUACUCCAUCUCCAAAUAACAAUAAUCAAACAACAACAACAACAAAUCAAACAAUGGAUAAUUUGGUACCAGUGGAAGUGAAACAACAGUCCCUUUCUCAAAUCAUGCUCCAACACAAGUUACAAUUACACAAUUUGCCAAAAGUUGUGGAAAACGAUCAUUCACCAAAUGGACAACCAUCUUCCUAUUCCUCUCCAAGAGGCAAUCACUUGGCAGCAGCAUCAAACUCCAAUCUGAAGAGAUUACCAAGUGCUCUCAGGUUUGAAUCAGCAAAUUUGACUCCUAGAUCCCCCAGACCUUCUAAUACCCCAUCGUCUGCCUCCUCCACCAACACCAACAGCAAAUCAUCUUCCUUCAAGAAUUCUUCUCCUCUUGCAGCAUCAUCGGCUGUUGGAGUUAAAGUCUUCUCACAAGAAAAUGAAGUUGAUCAACAACAAGUAUCACCACAGAAGGAAAAUACAGAAUGUAGAAACAAUAAUUCAUCAACAACCACUAGUACAACAGGUAAUAAUACUAAUGGUCUAACAACAGCAACAACAAAUGUACCAGUUACAAGUCGACCAAAACAAUCUGAUGAUUUUGUGGAACAUCCUCUCUUUUCACCACCAGAUAAUUUCAUAGAGAUGGUUCAUGAGAAUUUACCAAUCCACUUUAAUGAUGUACUAACAUCAAAUAAUGAUGAAUCUAUUAGACAAAUUCUUAAUAAUUCACUUUCCGAUCAUCCUGCUCUUCAAUUUGCAACACGAUUAAUUCUAGAUGAAAAACAAAUUGUUAGAAUUAAUAAUAAUAAUUUAGAUGGUUCGAAAAUUAAAAAUCAAUUGGAUUGGGAUUUGGAGAUGAGCGCAAAGGCUGGAUUGAAUCCAAUUACAGGAAAGCAAUUGUCUGAUUCUACAUCAACCACUUGUAAUUUACUUAUUAGCUCACAAAUCGGAAGUACAAUUGUACCAAUUUCUGCUCCACUAUCAGCCAAUCAGAUUAGAAUUGAUGAUUCACCUUACAAACCAUCUCUUACUCCAAGUGCCUCUCUACCUCUUACUCCAAAAAGACUUAAAGCUAGAAGUAACACUACCAAUAAUGUACUUUCCAACCCAACUGUGAAUGUUGCUCCUCCUGCCAGUUCAUCAUUUUCUCCAAUUUCAACGAAUUAUCUUUCUGUCAACUCACAAGAAUAUUUAGGAGGCAAGUAUUCAUCUGCUUCCAAUACUGGUUUGGGAAUGAUUUUGACCAAUAGUGGUAGUAGUUUAGUUGACCCAAGAAGAAGUGAUGUCGAUCUUGAAACAUUAGAAGUUGAUGUAGAAGAAGAGGAAGAAGAAGAAAUUGUUAACACAGAGUUAAACUUCCGAGAAGUAUCCGAAAAGAUGUAUGAAGAAACUUCAAAUAGAGUUGCCUCAAUCUAUAACCCUUUUUAUAGACUGUCAAAUUUGGAAGAGGAUGUUUGCAAGAGAGGAAUACCUUCAAAUCCUUUCCAAGUCGAUCAAUCUCUCAAAAUUCUCAUCAAUGCCAAAGGUUUAAUAUUUGAAAAUACUGAUAUUAAUCUGGAACCACUCUAUGCGACACUGUAUCUGUAUGAUAAAAAGACAGAAUCAAGAAUUUCAGAAGAGUUCAAUUUUACUUUGAACACUGGUAUGGGAACUCUUACCCAAUUGGGAAUUGAAAAAUCUUUCCCUAAAGAUUUACUUAGUACAGAGGCCAAGAUGAAGGCUAUAUUUUCUGUGAAGGAUAAGAAUCCAAACAUUUAUCUAGUUCUCUGGGUUAAGAGAAUAUUCUCAGAUAACUCAUAUGUUGAUAAUACCUAUCUAGCAAAGAAAAAGAUUGAUGAAUCAUCUAAAAAAUCAUACUUGGAAAAACUUAAAACAGCUUACUCGUUCUUGGAUCAAUUUAAAUCCCCUCUGAUCUGUGCCGUCGAGCCUCUCUUUGAGGAAAAACGAGAAUCUGUCACAUCUAAUGAACUCAAAGUAAGCAUUGAAGAGCCACCAACAUAUGAAGUGAGAAAAGGAGCAAUUAUCUUUGACAAGCUAUUUGUUGUCCCUCACUUAGAUGGAAAGAAACAAAGGUGCAAUGUUUCUAGUCUCAUUGAACACCAAAGAGACUACUCCAAACAGAAAGGAACUUUAAAAGUUGACAAUAUUACUUUCAAAAAUAUUUCUGCAAAAUUUACAAUGCUUAUUGAUAGUAAUCCUGAUAAUAUUUCUAAAUAUCAUCAAGUUAGGCCACUCUAUGAUACUGGAGUGCAUGAAGUUAAAGCUGUUUCUGUCUCAGAAGACAAUGCUGAUUCCUUCACAUUUGAUGAUGAUGAAACCAUAACCAUGUCUUUCAAUACUUUUUCUCAUUCUUCAAAAUCCACAACUCUCUUCACAACAGCACCAAAGUUAGAUUUAACAUUCAAUCAUGUUUUGUAUAUUUUACUUGAUAACAUCAAUAUGACAUCACUUCCAAAUUCUUACAAAUCAGUUGCCGUUAGAGUUUUGUUAAGAGAAAAUGAUGAAAUGAGUGGAGGCGUUCUUGUUGGAGCUAGUAGAAUUUUCUCUGAAGGAAGUAGAAACUAUAUUGGAGGUAUGGAUAUUAAGCAACAAGCCAUAUCCAGUAUUACUUAUCACGAAAAGUAUCCUCUGUUCUUUGACCAAAUCAAAAUUCAACUUCCAUUCCCUAUUCAUGAUAACCAUCAUUUAGUUUUUGAAUUUAGACAUGUUUCCUCCAAGAGAGGUCAACCAGUAUCAGGUGUAGUUGGAAAAGCUGAUACUACAGUGAUUGGCUUCUCUAUUCUGAAACUGGUCCAAGAUGAAGGAUUUAAGAAUGGUAUGAAAAAAUUACCAAUAUAUAAGUGCACAACUUUACCAAACAAUUAUCUUUCUGAUAAGUCUUUACAAAAGUAUGCUAAUGGAAAAUCCAUUUUUAGAUUUAAUGUUAUUGCCAAAUCAUCAAUUUUCCCAUCAGACAAGAAUGCUGUAUCUUUAUUAACAAACUCUGGGCUUUUCAUUAAUUCAAAGAACAAUAAUUUACCAAAGGGUUCCUUUUUGAGUCAAUUGAAUGAUGCCAUGUCACUUUCUGAUGCUGAAAGUAUUUUGAAAAACUUCCAGAAAGCUCAUUGGUCUCAAAUGCUUUAUCAUUUCCCUGUAUUUUUGAAUUGUGUAAUGUACAUUAUUGCUAAUGUUAAAACAGCCUCUUUGCAGAAUUCUACAAGUUCAGAAAUUCAAAACAAUAACUCUGUAUCUGAGAAAACUCUAGGUAUUGCUGGAUUUGUAAAAAAGAGAACAGCCACUCUCACCUCCAGAACUAAAAAUGUUGAAUCUGUGAAAGAGACAACAACAUCAACAUCAACAACCACAACCUCCCUUUCAUUGCUAGUCUUUGAAACUCUUCUCCACAUGUUGAGAGGUAUGAGAAGUAAUUCCAGAUUAGAUUAUUAUGAGAGAGAUCAAUUUUUGAAUGGAUAUAUUUAUUACAUGUUCAAAAAUCCUCCAACGCCAGAUAAUACAAGCUUUUGUUUACUGUUGGCAGAAAGAUGGGAAGAAUUCUUCAAAUCAUGUCAUACCAAAGAAACAGAGAGUAGAACCAAAGAAUCAAACUCGAAUACUACAGAAAGUUCAGGAGCUUCUUCUUCUACAAACGAUAGCGUAGCCAAUAGACCAAGAAGAGCAACCUACUUCUCUAAACCACGCUCUAACCAAUCAUCAGAAAGCCAAGAAAGCACUGUUGAAGAAAUUAAUGCUUUGGACUCAUUGAAACUUUCUUGGUUUUUGUUUGAUACACUUGUCAAAUCAAUGAAACUCUACAUUUUGGAGGGAAAGAAACAAGACGUAUUUACAGAAGUUUUCUACACCAAGAUGAGAAGCUUACAAACAAAAUUGAUGGAAAGACUACUCACAGCCUCAGGCGACCCUAUCAAGUUACAUUUUGUUAAGGUUGUCAAUAGGCACUUGGCCUUGUUCAUGUGUGAUUUAUUGGAAAUUUCACUAAUGAAAGAAAUGAAAGAUGAUGUUAGAUUUAGAAAAUUUGUCAAGACAGCCCUCAAUGAUUAUGUACUUACAACACAAUUCAAAUCUUCUCCUGUUGUGGUGGGUCUAAAGUUUGAUUUUGCUGAAAUUAUAAUUGACUCAAGCAUAUUUGUAGAAGUUAACAUGUGUAGUGAAACACCAUUUCUUCUAAAGUUUGUUAUUGGUAUCUUACAAAAGGCCAACAAACCAGAUUUAAGAACAAUAACUCUGAGAAUAAUUAAUAGAUUAAUUGUAAAGCUAGACUCAUUAACAAAGUUUAGCUCUGCUGAUUCUAGAAAUGAAAUUUGCAAACUAGUAAUGCCACUUUUCUUUGAGAUUGCCCAUGUAGAAAAAUUAUUAAGAAAUAUGGACAAUGAUCUUCAGUCUCACUUUGCUGUUUCGUUUGUUCACUGUUUGAGAAAUAGAAAGAAAGAAGAAUGGCCUGAGAUUUGGAACCACAAGUCUCCAGAUGUGCUCGUUAGUUUUGUAAAACUUCUUUCGAUUGCCAUUAACAAGCACAUUGCAUAUCCUGUCAGGGUUACUAGAAGAAUGAUCAAAACAAUUGUUAUUGAAAUUUUGGUCUGUUUCAUUGAACAAAAAUGGGAAUUGAUGAUUAUGGAAAACGAAAAAUAUUCUCCUGUUAUCGAGGAGGUAUUGCUUUUAAUUAUGAAAUAUAUUGAGCAAUUCAACCAAUCUUCACAAGAUGCUGAAAAUGUAAGAAAGAGAAUGGAUCCAAUGUUGACAAAUACCAUGUUAACUCCUUUAUUCGUUACAAUUGUACAAAAGCUUAUUCCUGUUUUCAGCAUUGAUAUUCAUGACGACAGAUGGAAAUGGGCUUUAGGUACUCUAUUGUCUGUUUGUUGCUUCCCACUAUCACAAUCAGAAAAUGAAUCAUAUAUCCUUGAAAGUAUUGACUGCCUCUUGAUAUCUCACCAAGCCAAAUUAGAGAACAUUGAGAAAAAUCACGAGAAGCUUAUCCUUACUGAAGACUCUGAGAAGAACUAUGUAGUGGAGAAUAAUCAAAUCAAAGCAGCUACUCUUGACAAGCUUAUUGAAAAAAUCACCAGCGACAAGGAAACGGACCCAAAGUUCAGAGAUGUCUUCUUCCUCACCUAUCGUUCCUUCUGUUCUAGCCAUGUCCUAAUGGAUAAGUUAAUUGACAGAUUCAAUAUUGCUGAAGAACAGAAAAAGCAAGAUAUUCAACCAGAAGCCAACACUAAAGUACUCCUCAGAGUUAUCAAUGCUGUUAAAAUGUGGGUCGAAAAGUAUUUCCAUGAUUUUGAUAAUUUAUUGCUUGUUCGUUUGAUUCAAUUUUUGGAUUCAGUUGCAAAUAUCAAAGAAUUUUCUUCCUUCUGCAAUGCUCUCAGAAAAACGCUCAGUAACAAGCUGAUCAAAGAUAACGAUAAGGCUGUUAAACAUGCUAAACAAACUGAUGUUCCUGACCCUAUUAUUCCAGAAAACUUUAGUGAACAUGUUGCCUUUAAUAUUCUCGAAUGGAGCCCAAUUGAAAUCGCAAGACAAAUCACACUCAUUGAAUACGAAUAUUUCCAAAAGAUUGAACCAAAGGAAUGCCUUAGUGGUGCCUGGACAAAAUCUUCAAAAUAUGACGAAGCUCCAAAUAUUGCCCACUUGACUGAUCGAUGGAAUAAGAUGACUCAAUUUGUUGCAUGUUCUAUUCUUUCACAAAAUGAUCUCAAAAUUAGAAGAAGAUACAUUAUCAAAUUUAUAGAGUUGGCAAAUGCAUUAAGAGAUAUCAAUAAUUUCCAUGGUCUUUCAGAAAUACUCAGCGGUUUAUCCAAUGUUUCUGUUUACAGAUUGAAAAAGACUUGGGCAACAGUUCCAACAGAGUACUUGACAUUGUAUGAGGAUUUGAAGAAAUUGUGCUCUCAAGAGCAAGCAAACAAGAACAUGAGACAAGCUCUUCAACUUUGCCUCCCUCCAUGCAUUCCUCCAUUAAGCAUGUAUCUGAAAGAUUUAACAUUCAUCAACGAUGGUAAUCCAGACUAUAUUCGUGAUGGCCUAAUCAACGUAUUCAAACGAAGACAAGUUUCUAAAAUUAUUUUAGAAAUUAGACAAUAUCAAAUGCAACCUUACUAUUUCGAAACUGUUGAUUUCAUCAAGAGAAUUAUCAAUCAAAUCCAAACAGUAACUUUGGAGGAUUACAAACUUUACACUAGUGGAGUUUCAACCAAUCCUUCUAUCCAAUCCUUACUUUCUCUUGGAAACAUUCAACUUGUUGAUGAAGAUACAUUGUGGGAUAGGUCUUUAGAAUUAGAGCCAAGACAACCACAACAAUAA